CCGGCGAACGUCCGGCUUCGUUUUCGGGACGACGCACACGAGCCACACGCGACCGCAGCACGUUUGGACGCAGCCGUCAUGUCGAGCAGCGGCAAGAGCAAGAAAAACAACAAUAACAUUAUGGAAAAGUCGGCGAACAAGACGCGUUCUUCGCGCGCGGGCUUGCAGUUUCCGGUGGGCCGCAUACUGCGGAUGCUGAAAAAAGGCAAUUACGCGGUCCGGACGGGCCCCGGCGCGUCCGUGUACAUGGCGGCCGUGUUGGAGUACCUGGUGGCCGAGAUACUCGAGUUGGCCGGCAACGCGGCCCGGGACAACAAGAAGUCCCGGAUCACACCCAGGCACGUGCAGUUGGCCGUCCGCAACGACGAGGAGCUCAGCACGCUUUUGGCCGGCGUCACCAUCGCCGAGGGCGGCGUGCUGCCCAAAAUCGAGAGCGAACUGUUGCCAAAAAAAACCGCAAAACAAAGCAGCUGAGUGGUUUUUGUUUUAUUAUUAUUAUUUUUGCCCGAGUUGGUUUUUUUGAAAUUUUAUCAAGUUAAAUAAUUUUAUUAUAUUUUAAGUAUGUUUUUUUUUUUAAUCUAAAUCACUAACCGUUUAAGAGUUUUUUUUUUUUUUGAACAUUUUUAUAUAGUAAAAAAACGGUUGUCUUACCUACCUAUCGAUUGCGAU